AUGCCUUCCUACACUGUCUUCGGUGCCUCCCGCGGAAUCGGUCUUGAGUUUGUCCGCCAGUUUGCUGAAGACAAGGACAGCCAAGUCUUUGCGGUCGUGCGGAAUCCCAACAACACACCCCUUCUUGCCGAGGCCAUGAAGACCUUCAAGCACAACAACGUGCGAAUCGUGAAAGGGGACCUCGACGAUUUAACCUCCAUUAAAGCCGCCGCCGCCGAGAUUGGAGACGCCACAGGCGGGUCGUUGGAUUAUCUCAUCAACAACGGGGCCUACAUAUACUCAGAGGGCGGCGCGCUCAUAUCUCUGCCAGACUACUCUAGCGAGAAGGUGCUAGAGGACGACCUUUUCAACACCUUCCGCACGAACGUCGUCGGAGUCGUCAACACGAUCAACACCUUCCUGCCUCUCCUCCGCAAGAGCGCCAUCAAGAAAGUCAUCACUCUCUCCACCGGUCUCGCUGACACAGACGUGAUCAUUCGAUCUCGCGUCACCAUAAACCCCGCAUACGCCGUCUCUAAGGCUGCCGUCAACAUGGUCGUCGCCCAGUUUGCAGGCCGCUUGCAAGAGGAGGACUUCACCUUCAUCGCCCUCGCGCCCGGGCUCGUCAACACCACUACUAAGCCGCCGACUCCGGAGGAGCUCGCUGCCUUCCAAGACACGGUGCAGAAGUUCCUGAAGCACUCGCCCCAAUGGGACGGGGUACCGCUCACCCCGGAGCAAUCAGUCACGUACAUGCGCCAGGUGAUUGACAAAGUCGGCCCGAAGGAUUCGGGGGCUUUCCUUUCGCAAUUCGGUAACAAGCAGUGGCUGUAG